AUGUUGCUUCAAAGUCUCGUAGCCGUCAUUCUGGUGUUCCAGGCAUGUCUAGCCGGUCCUCUUUCUCUCAAGCCCAGGAUUACCGAGGGCACUGAUGCCAUGCCCGGUGAAUUUCCUUAUCAAGUGUCUAUUGAAUUGGGCUUCCCACCUUUUAUCCCUUAUCGACACAGCUGCGGCGGCUCGAUUCUGGAUGAUAACACCAUUUUGACCGCUGCACACUGCGUCCCGAAAUUAUUUGGCUCACUUAGAGUCGUCGCUGGCAAGUACUACCUUAUGAAGAACGAGAAAACCAACCAAGUGUCUGAAGUCAAUAGGUUCAAGGUUCAUAAUGAAUUUAAAGGAAAUGUUGCUCAACAUGACAUUGCUAUUUUAAAACUGGCGAUACCUCUUGUGUUCAACGACAAAGUGUCCGCUGUCAAGUUACCUUCUAAGAAUGAGAUAGAAAUUGGAAAUGCCAUACUGAGUGGAUGGGGCUCCAUCUCAAAGAAUUUCCUCCCGAUAUUUCCUACCGUUCUCCAAAAGGCCACCCUAUCCAUCUUAGAUAACGACUCUUGUCUGAAGAAAUUCCCGAAGGAUAUCAUCGGCAAGCAACCGGAACUCUAUAGCACGCAAAUGUGCACUGACUCUUUAAAUGGAGAAUCUGCCUGCUCGGGUGACUCUGGCGGCCCAUUGGUCCAAAGAAACGACAAAGAGAAGGAAGUUACGCAGAUCGGUAUCGUUUCAUGGGGUGUCUACCCAUGCGGUGUAAGCCACCUGCCAUCUGUCUAUACCCGCAUAAGCUCUUACAUCAACUGGAUCGACGAGAAUAGAGAAUUUUAG